CUGUCGAUUCCGUCAGUAAAAGCGCGGGUUUAUUUUGUUUACAAAUUUUAACUUUUUUUAAUUGCUCACCAAAAGUGUAAUUCAACACAUUCCCGUAUUUAAUAAUAAAAAUAUAGACAUGAGCGUAACAACGAACAUUAGAGGGGUCCCGGUGACGUUCCCUUUCCAGCCCUACGACAUUCAAGUAGACUACAUGGAAAAAGUGAUAGAAUGCAUCCAAAACGAAACUACUGCAGUGCUAGAAAGCCCCACGGGCACGGGAAAGACUUUGUCGCUCCUUUGCAGCUCUUUGGCUUGGUUACAACAUAAAAAGGCACAACUUCAGGGUGAAAGACAAUUAGCCUCAAAAUCCCAAAUAUUUACUAAGGAAGAGAAUCGUGAAACCCCAGAUUUCUUAAAAGAUUUAAUGGGUGAUAUGACUGAGCGAGCAAGUGUUAUAGCCACUGGGCGAGAGUUUUUGGCUUUACCAACAAUUAUUUAUGCCUCAAGGACACAUUCUCAACUGAGUCAGGCUAUGCAGGAACUAAAGAGGUCUUCAUAUAAUUAUAUGAAGGCAUCAGUGUUAGGAUCACGAGAUAUGCUUUGUAUAAACAAUGAGGUUACAGAUCAGGAGGACCACUCAAUGAGGUUAAAUAUGUGUCGGUUAAAAGUAGCUACCAAAACCUGUCAUUACAACAACAGAUUAGAAAAGAAAAAAGAUGACCCGGAUAUUUGCAACCGGCCCAUCAUAGAUAUAGAGGAUAUGGUAAACUUAGGAAGAAAACACACAUUUUGCCCAUACUACAUGACCAAAGAGCAGCAGCAGAAAGCAGAUAUAAUAUUCACCCCCUAUAAUUAUUUACUAGAUCCGAUAGCAAGGAAAUCAUUGGGUUUAAAAUUAACUAAUGCCGUAGUCAUAUUGGAUGAGGGUCACAAUGUGGAAAAGGUUUGCGAGGAAUCUGCCUCUUUUGAGUUGAAAUCCACUGAUAUCGCUUUGGCUAUAGACGAAGUCACUCAGAUUAUGAAGAUGUUAACUGAAAUGCCCGGGUUAUUUGAGGAAAGUCCAAAAGGUGAAAUUGAUCCAGAACAAGUGGCAACCUUAAAAAUGAUCUUGUGCGACUUCGAAAAAGUGCUGGACGAGGUGCCAAUAAAAACGGGCAGCGAAGUCACCCAUUAUCCCGGCGAUUACAUUUUUGAAAUGUUGGAAAAGGCUCAUGUAUCGACAGAAAACUACCACAUGUUAACUGGUUUCUUGGAAAAUUUGAUUCAGUUCUUAAUGGCACAAAACGAGGGACCAUUUGCGAGAAAGGGCAAAGGGAUGCAACUGUUUUUUGAUUUUCUUACUGUGGUCUUCGCGAGCAAAGCUUCUAAAGAAAAAAUGAAACAUUGUUACAAAGUCCACAUAAAAGAAGAAGAGGUAAAGAAACCAGGCAGGGCAUCCCUCUCGACCUGGGUGAGCAAAGGAACGUUAGCAUCGAAAAAUCGAAUUUUAAAUUAUUGGUGUUUCAGUCCUGGUUUUGGUAUGGAUUUAAUAGUUUCUCAAGGUAUUAAGGGCCUAAUAAUAACCAGUGGUACUUUGGCCCCUCUAAGACCCCUGAUAUCAGAGCUGGAAUUGGAUGUGAAGGUGAGGUUGGAAAAUCCUCAUAUUGUGAAAGAAAAUCAGAUUUGUGUGAAAAUUGUACCGAAAGGACCCGAUGGGGAACCACUGAAUAGCAGUUUUAGGAAUAGGGAUAAUCCAAAAUAUGUCUCCUCUCUGGGACGAGCGAUAGUCAAUUUAUCCAGAAUAAUACCGAACGGAUUACUAAUAUUCUUCCCUUCCUAUCCGGUUAUGCAAAAGUGUCAGGACACGUGGCAAUCCGAAGGAAUUUGGGGUAAUAUCACGUCACAAAAGACGAUUUUCGUGGAACCUAGAGGAAAAGACGCGUUUACGGCCGCAAUGAACGGAUAUUAUGAAAAAAUCAAAGAUCCCAAGUUGAGUGGGGCCAUUUUUAUGGGUGUAUGCAGGGGCAAAGUGUCCGAAGGGCUGGAUUUCGCCGAUUGUAAUGGUAGGGCGGUAAUAAUAACUGGCUUACCGUACCCGCCAUUAAAAGAUCCCAGGGUUAUUUUGAAACAAAGAUAUUUGGAUGUUUGCCAUGCAAAAGAUAAAGAGUUUUUAACAGGUAAAGACUGGUAUUCCUUGGAGGCAUCUAGGGCAGUAAACCAAGCAAUAGGUCGUGUAAUUCGUCACAGAUACGACUACGGUGCAAUUUUACUAUUGGAUGAGCGGUUUAACAGUCCAACAUUAAAAAACCAAAUGUCCAGGUGGCUCAGGGACCAUAUCAAGGUCGUUAAUAAAUAUGGCGAAAUGAUUAGGGAGUUGAGUCAGUUUUUUAAGAAGGCACAAGUGGAGUUACCAACCCCUGAAUCGAAAUCAACAUCAGCCCCAAUUAAAGCGAGUUUCGAUGCCCCUUCGAGAUACACGGGAAAAGGCGUAUUUAAUUUCGGACAAACAACAACGAUCAGCUCCAGCAGCUCGGACGAUUCUGUGAUAUGCGUUAGCGACGAGAAAAACGAGAAUUUAAUGAGUAGUUACUUGGGUACCAAACACAAUCCAAACGGUGCGGUAAACCUAAAAAGGUCGAUAUCGAGUCGAACGGACAACAAACUGGAGAACCCCAAAAAAAGGCCGAACGUUGUUCGCCAGCACAGCAUUACUGGAGAAAAUCGGAAAAAUGCCUCCGCUCCAUCGUCCGCCUCCAUGAUUGAAUACGUCACAAUGGUAAAAUCCCUUCUGCGCAGCAAUUUUACGCCGUUCUUUGGUCACGUUAACGAGUACAAAGAGAACGGUAACGUCGACAAGAUGUUCCGAGCGGUGUACCCGCUGGUGGAACAACAUAAGUUUAUCCUGAGCGGGUUGAUCCCGUUUAUUAAACACCAGGACCAGGAGACCUAUAAAACCUUUUUAAAAAACCACGAUAUUAGUGUGCCCGAAGAUCUAUAACUUUGCAUAUUACUGAUCUUUUUAUUUUAUAUUUGUUACUUAUUAUACCGCAGUAGCUAGUAAGGUUAUCAAUGUAAAUUGAAAAUAACACUUGUGAUUUUUUCUUAUAAAAAAAUAAAAUAUUUUAAACGAUUA